AUGUAUUUUGCCAUUGAUGAGAUCAACAAGAAUGCCAAGCUCUUCCCCAACAUCACACUAACACCGAAGAUUUAUGAGACUAGUUUCAAUGCCAUGAAGGCCAGUGAGGAUGUUUUAGAUUUUCUGUUUCUGAAUCGAGGGAGUCCUAUCAACUUCAAUUGUGUUGGAAGAAGGAAUCUGAACUUCUUGCCUAUCAUUGGUGACCUCCCUUCACGCAAUUCCAUCCAGAUGGCCCACAUGUUGAACAUCUACAAGGUUCCACAGCUCAAUUAUGGCUCCUCUGAUCCAGUCUUGAGUGAUAAAAGGCAGUUCCCUUCCUUCUUCAGCACGGUUCCCAAUGAAAAUUUGCAAUAUGAGGGGAUUGUUCAUUUACUGAAACAUUUUGGAUGGAACUGGAUUGGCCUCUUGGUCUCAGAGAAUGAGAGUGGGGAAGCCUUUAUUCAAAAUCUCAAACCAAAGCUCUUCCAGAGUGAUAUUUGCAUUGCUUGGAUAGCUACGAUCCCAAUUUUAGCAGAUGCACUCUUAAAUAAAGAUUUCAUUCAGCAACGUGUAGACAACAUAAUAAACACUAUCUUACAGAGGAAUGUCACGGUAUUCCUUGCUUCUGGGACUGCCCAAUCUAUGGAGCUUUUACAAUGGGGGCUUUCUUCACGAGAAUUUUACUAUAAGAACCCAAUAGAUCACAGAGUAUGGAUCAUGACCUACCAGUGGGAUUUCACUGUGACUUUUUCAUUAAUAGACAGCUUCCUAGUUCAGACUUUCAAUGGUUCCUUAUAUUUCUCCCUCCAUACAAGGACAGUGCCAGGAUUUCAGGAGUUUCUUGAGAGAAUAAAACCUGAUAAACAUCCUUUUCUUUACAUUAAUUGGUUCUGGGAAUUGGUGUUUGAUUGUUCACUGCCUCCAUAUCAGAAAGCUGUUAAACGCUGCACUGGGAGGGAAAAACUCAAGACAGUCUCUGGCUCUGUGUUUGAAAUGACCAUGUCUGGAGAAAGCUACAAUGUCUACAAUGGGGUUUAUCUUGCAGCACAUGCGUUGCAAGCAUUGCAUUCAAAAAGAGGAAGAAGACCAAAACCCACUCCUCUGAGGAAUCAGGAUGGAUCAAAUCUUCAGCAUUUUCAGCCAUGGGAGCUUCACUACUUUCUGAGAAACACCCAUUUUAAUAACAGUGGGGGAGAAGAAAUCUUCUUUGAUGAGAAAGGGGAGUUUGACCCGGGAUAUGACAUCUUCAACUAUGUCACCUUCCACAAUAAAUCCUUCCAGAGAGUCCGGAUUGGAAAGAUGGUCUCUAAAUCUCUUGAUGGGAAGAAAUUCAAUAUUAAUGAAAGUGCCAUUGUAUGGAAUAACAAGUUUAAGCAGGUACGUCCCCAUGCCAGAUGUGUAGAAAGCUGCCAUUGGGGGUACAGCAGGGUUGUUCAGGAGGGGAAACAUACUUGUUGCUACAAUUGUAGACAAUGUCCUGAAGGAAGAAUUUCAAUUGAAACAGCAAUUCUUAUUUUGGUGGCAGUGACCUUCAUUCUACAUUGGGACACCCCCAUUGUCAAAGCCAACAACAGGAACAUCACGUGCAUCCUCCUUUCCUCUCUCCUGCAUUGUUUUCUGUGUUCUCUGCUCUUCAUAGGUCAGCCUGGGAAUGUGACUUGCUUUCUCAGGCAACCAAUGUUUGGCACCAUUUUCUCUCUCUCGGUAUCUUGUCUCUUGGCCAAGACCAUCAUGGUUGUUAUGGCUUUCCUGGCCACUAAGCCAGGAAACCAGAUGAGGAAAUGGCUAGGAAACAGAUUGGCGGCAUCCAUCAUUGUCUUCUGCUCCUGUAUUCAGGCUGUUAUCUGUAUGGUAUGGUUGAUCGUAUCUCCUCCCUUCCCUGAGUGGGACAUGCAUUCACAGGUUCAAGAGAUAAUUGUUCAAUGUAAUGAAGGCUCAGAUGCCAUGUUUUACAUUGUCCUGGGCUACUUGUGGCUCCUGGCCACCAUCAGUUUCACUGUGGCUUUCUUUGCCAGAAAACUCCCUGAUACUUUUAAUGAAGCCAAACUGAUCACCUUCAGCAUCCUUGUGUUUUGUAGCAUUUGGGUGUCCUUCAUCCCAGCCUAUCUGAGCACCAAAGGGAAAUACAUGGUGGCUGUGGAGGUUUUCUCCAUCUUGGGCUCUACUGCAGGCCUCCUGGGCUGCAUCUUCCUUCCGAAGUGUUACAUCAUUCUCCUGAACCCACAUCUGAACACAAAGAAGCAUCUAACCAGGAGAACAGAUUAA